AUGUCAGGCCAUGUCGCGAUUGACUCACGCAUGCCCUCGUCACCUUUUGGAUCUGCCAACUCCAAACAUGCGUCAGUUUAUGCGCCAGACUCUAUCGCCGUCUGGCAUUCCUCUCCUUCCAAGCCCGUUACAGCCCCACCAAACAAUUACGACUUUGACGUAGAGGAACUGUCAGAUAACGAUGUCGAUUACCCUCCUGGUGCCCAAGUCUUGUAUCCUUACGAGCUGGAAGAGGCCGACACUCCGUCUGCAGACUACGGUCAUGUCAAUUCACCAUCAGAUAUAGGCGAAAGAGACAACGAGGAGGAUACCCAGGAUUCUGACUCUACUACCUUUGCUCGUCGUACGCGCUUGAAACCAGCGUCCCGACCUUACGCCUUCACUCCUCUGUCACCCGCCCAGAAAAACUCUCGCAAGCGAUUGCGAUCAGAGGCUAUAGAUACCGACACCGACUCAGAUGGCCUUGACAGUUCCUAUGCACGAUCCGAGCCUCCAAGAUUGCGCCGACGUACACAAGGACCCGACAGCACACCCAUGGUUGGCACUCCUCCAGACAUGAACGGUGCAUUCGUCCCACAAGCAACUACCACUGGCCUGUCUGUCGACCAAAUGGAUGUUGACGAACAAGCCACCUAG